AUGGAUGACGAUUGUCUCACAUUAGUUGAAGAUAUUAAUAAUGAUGAAGAUCCACUUAUAGCAGAGGUUGAUGUUUAUUUAACACGCAUAUUUGCUGAUCAACUAUAUCUCUUUCAAUAUCCACUUCGUUCCACUCAUCUUCAAUAUGUCAACGAUUCCACGUUUAUUGGUGCUCGUUUAAAACCUAAGACAAAAGUUGUACAACUCGAUUAUGUUUUCGAUACCGAAUCGGAUUUCCAUUGUAAAGAUAAUGAAGCAAGUGUCAUACAAAAUUUCACAUCAACAACCGCCGAUGAACGAAUAAACUCCAUGGAUCGUUUAACACUAUCAUCGUUGAAUACAACACAAGGCGAUAAUUAUAAACGUUUUGCUGUUGGCCUGUUAACACCGAAUGGUAUUCAACUUUCACCGUUGAAUGCAAUCUUUCAACUGCGACCCGAUUUCGAUUCGACAUCAUCCGUACUUGUUCGACAAGCAGCGCCGAUUGAAAUUGAUGAAGAUGAGACUGAAUCUAGUUUUCACAAACAAUCCAGCUCGAAUAGUGACGACGCGACAACAGACGAAGAAGCCAAUGAACUUGUCACAAUGAAAUUUUGGAAACCGGAAGGACGAUUACAACGCGAGAGAAAAAUGCGUUCGUACAAUUAUUUCGAACGUGCUCGUAAUGAAGAACGAUGGAUUGAUUUCGCCUAUUAUUCGCCCAACGAAUGUGAGUCUAUUGACUUACGAAAAAAAUGGACAUUGAUGGAUAACGAUGAAAGAAGUCGUUCGAUUAUUCGCUGGAGAAAAACUAUCUCAAUUCAAGAUUAUUUUCAAUUAUUAAUUUUUGAUAAAACAAUUAUAUUCGAGAGUCCGAUUGAAAAAGAAAAACCGGCCAUUGAAUCAACACUCGCCACGGAACAAAAACCACUAGUGGUUCCUCCAACAAAACCAAAAAAGAAGAAAAAAACUGAUUUAGAUAAAUCAUCGAAAAAACUAUCGAGAAAAAGUCGAACUAAAAAUGUUAAGUCUACCGAUUCGACAUUGAAUCCUGAACAAACAACAACGACAAGUACACCAUCAUUACCUACGACAAUAGUUAAACAAGAUCCUGAAAAAAUACAACAUGAACUGCUAUCGUUCAUGAAACGACGCUUUGGUUAUCGACCCUAUUUUAAACUAAGCGAAAUUAAUAUCGCAAUUAAACUGGAAUUGAUCUCAUCACCACCCGGGCAUCCGCUCGCGUCAGGAAUUACAGAAGGAAGUAUACUUCGUGCAGUUGCGGAGAUCGGAGCAAUUUAUGUGAACAAAAAGUGGCCGAAGAAUCUCAAACAAGAACCGGUUUUUGUGAAUGCACAGAUGGGUGAUAAAUAUGACGUGCUUCGUCGUUAUGUUGCUGAACUUCUUGAAAAAUGUGAUAGUUUUCAAUUUACGGAAUUACGCUCACGAAUUAAACAAGAAAAUCAAACCCAACAGUUUCCUGUGCACGAAGUGAAAAAAUUCGUCAAAGAUCAUUGUAUCACUCGUUCUUCACGCAAAGGUGUACUUUAUUGUGUAAAAGGCACAUUGGUCAAGUAA